UGUGAUCCCUGAGGCUCAGCGACACUCCACGAUAUUGCACGAAGACGACGGGAGGUGAGCACGAAGCAGGGAAGUUGUCCCGUUUAUUGAUCGGCUGAGGCCACUCCCGGUAUGGGAUGUGUACGAAAUCGCCAAAAGAAAAGGAAGACAGCCUAUGGCACCAAGAUUGUGUCACCAACAACCCUCGGUUAGAUGGUUUUGGAAAGACUCUUGCCAUACAAGAGCACGGUAUGUCUUGAUAUGACGGACAGAAGUUCCGACACCUACAGUCCUUCUCCCCACGGUGGAAAUGCAGGCUGUUGGGGAGGACUCCGAACCGCUCGCAGUACUUGGCCAGUAGCAAGCAGAAUCCAAACAGAGGGGAGGAAAGGUCAUGGCUUGGCCCGGGGCAGCAAUGCCCGUCAGCAGGGUUCAGGAAUUUGGUUCGCGGUGGAGGGCGGCAAGCCGUGGCGCUCUGCGACUUGCAUUUCAGCCCGCCCAGAACAGGAAGUGGUAGUAGCCGUUCUCAGUCCAAACAUCGAAAAAGGUGUGGGUGACCGGCGGGUCAUUGUCAAUGUUCGGGUGAGGCACGCGGGUGGCCACGGCCAUCGUUUCAUGGCCCAAAAGAAUUCAGAAAGUCCACUUGGGGCAAAUCCAAUGAAUCGAUCAUCUUCUCUCCGUCACCACCACUUGAUUGAAGCUACUACUCUCACACCCCCGUCAGCAGGCCUAUUGGUGAUUAGGCUGACCAAUGCACAUGGCAUCCUCAACCUCCUUCGCACGGUGUGUCUAGAGGUCACACAUUGCGACAAUUUGCACCCCUUCCCCUCUUUGUAGUCACUUCCGCCGCUGUCGAGCGUCUCGAGUUCGCAUGUCUGAUUUCCGCUUCGGCCCUCGACAUGCCCCUGUGUCCAUGUGAAGGCCGCUACCCGAAGGAGAUGAUAUAUCGUCCGAUAACUGGACUUGCGCCCUAUCCCAAAUAUUGCCCUUCGAGUGUGGAAAAUGAGCCAAAACCAUUGGCACGAAGGCUCAGCGCAUCCAUGACUGCUUGUUUUACGCAAUAAUGGCUUG